GAUAUGGGCCUUGCUUGGCUCUUUGGCCCGUUUCCCGUCUACGAUUGACAAUCUGAAAUUGUGGAACCAAAAACCUUGGAACCAUGGCUGUCAAAACCCCUGCCCUGAAGUCGAUCUCUCUCCCCGUAAACAACAAUCCUUGUUAGAAGCUCCUCUGCACUGCGAAUCAAGGAAUUUCGACCAGAAAGCGAAGAAAUGGGACGGGCACUUCUUCUCCAUUUGGUUCGAUCUCAAACCAGAUGCAUAUCUUCUGCCACCAACAGCUUACCUUCAGGUUAUCAACCUUACAGGACCAUCACAUGGUUGCACCAUCCAAAUGCUAGACCCAGCUUCAGUCCUUUCUCGGUGCAGAAAAGGUGGGCAUCUCAAGCUGCUGCUGCUGAAGAAGAUGAUACCAGGAUCAGCAUUGGCCCACGCAAAGAUAAAUCACCUGGAGAAGACAAAGACGAUGAAGACGAGACUGGGAUUGUUUAUCGAGGUCCCAUAUCAUCAACGAUCAAGAAAGUGAAGAUGCUAUCACUCUCCACCUGCUGUCUGUCGGUCUCCCUGGGACCCGUCAUCACCUUCAUGACAUCAACAGAUUCGAACGUGAUCCUGAAGGGCGCGGUUGCAUCAUCCGUGAUCUUCUUCAGCGCCUCGACCACCGCAGCGCUGCAUUGGUUUGUCAGCCCUUACAUUCACAGGCUGAGGUGGCAGCCUGGUUCGGACAGUUUUGAGGUGGACAUGAUGUCUUGGUUGGCUACAUAUGCCAAAGAGACGAUCAGGUUUGCAGACAUUCGUGUGGCAGAGACCAACCGUCCCUUUGUGACUUUUCAGGCCAAUGGGAAGUUUUACUUUGUGGACAAAGAGCACUGCCACAACAAGGCGUUGCUUGCCAGACUUGCCCCGCAGAAACGGGAAUCAGCAUUCAAGAACUUGUAACUGGAGAAUGGCCAAACCAUGCUUGCAAUAUGUACCAGUUCUUGAUGCUUGUAGCUAGUCUUGAUACUUAAUGCUGCCCAAUUCAAGGUUUUGGGUUAUGACUAACUAUAGUUUGAGACUGUUCAGCAAGAAGGGAGAGUAGGGAAUAAUUUAUGCAGUUGUAUCUCGUUGAGUUUCUAAAGUUUUGCUGGCGGUGAAGAAUCUCUGUUUGAAGGCUUAAUAUGUUGGAAAUUGCAAUUGUUUUCAAACGACAUGCAUCUCUCCUUUUCACUGUUCACACAAAUCAGAGUCCUAAUAUAGUGGGGUACACGUA